AUGAGGUCCUUAAAAGAUGGUCUAGCCUACCAGGCUAGAGCAGUUAAGUCCGGCUUCGUCCCCAGCACUUUCCUCUUCAACCAGCUCAUCCGCCUCUACUCCCAGAAUGGCCUCUUGCGAGAAGCCCACAAGCUGUUCGACGAAAUGCCCCACCGGAACGUGUACUCCUCGAACGCCCUGAUUUCGGCUUACGUAAAAGCUCGGGACUUGACCCGAGCCAGGGCGUUGUUCGACUCCGCCACUGACAGGGACUUGGUAACUUAUAAUUCGAUGCUGACCGGUCACGUGACCAUCGACGGACGUGAAAGCGAUGCGCUCAAAUGGUUUGACGAGAUGCAGUUGAUGCGUGAUUGUCUUAAGUUCGACGAGUUUACUUUGACGACGAUGUUAAACUUGGUGGCAAAGUUACGUGUGCAGUGUUAUGGGACACAGUUGCAUGCUUAUAUGGUGAGGACGGGGAAUGAUACGGAUAAGUAUGUCAUGAGCUCCUUAAUUGACAUGUACUCUAAAUGUGGGAGUUUCGGAGAAGCAUACAGAGUGUUCUGUGAAUCAAAAGCGGAGGUCGAUUUGGUUUCCAAGAAUACGAUGAUGGCAGCUUGUUGUAGGGAAGGUAAGAUGGAAGUGGCUUUAGAUCUGUUCCAAAGAUUGCCCGAGUUAAAUGAUACAGUGUCUUGGAAUACUUUGAUUUCUGGCUAUGCACAAAACGGUUUUGAGGAGGAGUCCUUGAAUUUCUUUAUGAAAAUGAGGGACAGUGGAUUUGGGUGGAAUGAGCACCCGCUCGCUAGUGUUCUGAAUGGUUGCUCCAGCAUGCGGAAUUCAAAGCUUGGAAAGGAGAUACAUGCUUGGGUUUUGAGAGAAGGAGUGAUAUCAAAUCUCUUUGUUUAG